AUGUUUUGGAAGGCAGUGGUGCUUUUUUUACAAAUUGACGUUUUCCCACGAACAAAUCAACAAUUCAUAGACUCUUGCUUUGUUGGAAGUGAAAACCAGCUCAAUUUCUCCUUGUCUACAUCGUGUCCGCUAAUACCAAGAACUGAGUUUAGUUACGAGUCAAGUUGCUCAGUUUUUCUUGAUAAAAAUAUAAUUGAAAAUCGUGGAUGUGGACCAUGUUAUUGGAAGGAAAAGCUGAAUGCCAUGUGCUAUCCAACAGAAAAUCCCACGAUACGUCACUGUUGCUGUCGAACGCCAGAUUGCAACAAACGACUUAUCGAGGAUUCUGUAUUUGGUUGGAGUGCAGUUUCAUCCCCUGAUGGCUCCUGCGAUUCAGUUUCUUUAAUGGUCAAUGGAACUGGUGUCAAUUGGAUACAUCGACCACCAGAACAAUGCCAAAAUGACGUCCCACUAUGCGUUAUGAGACUCAAGUUCCUCUCAGACGGCAUCGCGUCGAUGGAUGCCGGCUGCCUAAGAAGUUCUGGGUACAAGAACGAGGACAUUCAAAAAUGUCACGAAACAACUACGGGCCAUAUGUUUAACCAUGAAGGUAAUGAAAUUUGGUGUUGUCGAGGAAUGCAUUGCUCUCGCGAGUUAUACCAACAACAUGUGUUUGAAAGAUUGCAAGACGUUCGAAUCAAGGAUGAAAAUGCUUAUUUGGAGCUGACAUACAGUACAAUGACGAUGGUUUCAGAACAUGUAUGGUCUAGGGAUAGAUCGUAUAUUAACAAUCAUGAAAUUUUCGAGACUGUGACGUACGCAUUCACGGCAUUGUACCUUACGGGUUUAUAUUACAUUUAUUCCGUCUAUAAACCAAAAAAUAUGGAAAAACUGUCGCAGCCGCCUGCAAAAGUGAACAAAUCUUAG